AACGUCCUCAACCUGAUGACGCCGCAACCACUGUCAAUUUUUUUGCUCGUCUUCUCGGACGUCCAUUCUUCACGCACGAUUCUCAAUUUCCAGCGCCCGCGACAGUGGCUCACGCGCCCAUCAGCCCCGACAAAGAAGAGGACGAGAGCGAGCGUCCUCCUUGUGGUGCUCGCGACCCGCGGUUCGAAGCUGGAGACGCGUCGUCGCAGCUGCCUUCUCAAGGCCCCAGGAACUCAGCGGACGGCUCGCUUUUCAACCACUGUCAGCCUUUUCCGGGAUCCCGAGGACCUGACUGAAGGUCGGGGGUUCCUACACCCCCGGGUCGCAGUCCGCGAAUCCAAGGCGAGCAUGGAGCAGCAAGCUGUGAUAAGCGAGACUACGGGCCAGAUGGGCGCCGUCGGGCAUGACAACGUGGAGCACGUCGGUGGCGACAAGUCUUUCACGAUGCGUGACGGGGCCGUGUGCGGAGACAUUGCCGAGAUCAACAAGCCGUGCGUUGAGCAGCCCGGUGAAGCAACAGAGCGAGCGGUGCCCGUCAUAACAGCUGAGCAAGGCACUUCCCCUGACGCCGAGCGCGAGGAGUACACGGUUGAAGAGGAUGACGACGAGAGCUACGUGGAGUCGGAUGAAAACAGCCUGGCGGACGACAGCAGCUACCAGGCGGUGGACGGCUACUACUCGCACAAGUUUCUGCAAGACCUGCUGGCACGCAUGGCGAGCGAACCGCACCCGUUGUCCAACGAAGCGCAGGAAGCCAAGCGCGAGCCUCUCGAUCCAGCUCUGGUCGAGACGUACUCGGCGCACGCCACCAGGGUGUACGAGUCCUACCUGCGCCACAUCGAUGCCCUGGGCGUGGUCAUCGCCAAGAGGCUGCACGAGGUUCGCGACAAGGCACUCGGGCUGGACCUCGCCAGGCGCAUACAGGUGCAGCUGUACUGCGACACCGUGGAGGCGGCCGUGUCGCACCUUCGCCGCGUGGCCAUGACCUGGGGCUCGCUCGUGCUUCUGGACGUGGCCGAGCCGAGCCGCACGGUGCCGCGCGGCCUGUCCGAGCAGUACCUCUUCUGCCGCAUCGUGUCUGCUUGCCUCAAGCUGCGCGACACCUGGUGGAGGAGCGAGUUCUACCUCGCCAAGUACUUCCUGCGCUUCCUCAACAGGUGCCAGGGCCUGCCGGAGGACUGGCAGUCUCGGCUUCAGGAAGCCAACGUGUCCGUGCUGCGCGCCUCCAUCGAGGCCCACGAGCGCAUGGACCGCGAGAUCGGCUUGUGGCAGUGGGCGCGCACGCUGCGUUUCCCCUCGGAGCACCGACCCGAGGCCCUGCAGCCAAACCUGCUCAGCGUGUUUGUUGACGAGCAGCUCACCGGCGACGUCUCCUCCCUUAUGACGCUGUUCGUCUUCGAGACGGGAAACACCGUCUACCGCGCCAUCUUCUCCAUCCAGAAGGAGUUCGAGCGACGUCAGCUGAGCUACGACAGCCGCGAGCUGGAGACGGAGGUGCGUGGCACAUGGGCCGCCUACCUGGAGAGCGUGCACGAGCAGUGCGCCAGCCUCGGGGCCAACCGGGCCCUGUACUCGAUGAGCCUACACCAGGGUGAGGAUGCGGCUGCGCGCAUCGGGGACGGGGCGCGCUUCUACAUGGACCUGGUGUCACCCCUGCACAAGGCUGUCACCCUCGAGUGGUCCAAAACGUACAGCGCCCUCAUCCAACAGCUCGCCGAAACUGCGCAGGCGGAACCCGACCGCAAGGCUGACCUCGACCAGGUAUCAGCAUGGGUGGAAGAAACAGGUCGCCAGGUGCUGGAGGCCAUGCAAACAGCGUUCGCGGCGUUCGAGAACCAGGUGCAGGUCAUCACUAAGAAUGUCGAGCUCUUCAGCGCCCAGAUCAGGAAGAUCCUCGAGUGAAGCCGAGCUGCCUGCAUCCCGUUUUGGCGUCCACUCACACGGUGUCAUUCUGGCGUCGUCGUUCCUUUGUGAAAAUAAACGUGGCUCCUUCUUUC